AUGCCUCAGCCUCUCGUCUCCCACAUAUACACGGCGGACCCCUCGGCCCACGUCUUCAACGACAAGUUAUACAUCUAUCCAUCUCACGAUCGCGAGACAACAAUCGCAUUCAACGACAAUGGCGACCAGUACGACAUGGCAGACUACCACGUUCUCUCAAUGGACACACCAGGAGGUCCCGUAACCGACCACGGCAUCGCUCUCCGCGACAGCGAUGUCCCCUGGGUCUCCAAGCAACUCUGGGCACCAGAUGCAGCGACAAAGAAUGGAAAAUUCUACCUGUUCUUCCCAGCCCGAGACAAAGAGAAUAUCUUCCGCAUCGGUGUUGCUGUAUCAGAUAAGCCCGAGGGACCAUUCUCUCCAGAAGAGAACUUCAUUCCGGGCUCUUACAGUAUUGACCCCGCUGUCUUUGUCAACACAGAUGCCGGAAAUGAAGCUUACCUGUAUACGGGCGGCAUCUGGGGCGGGCAGCUACAAUGCUGGGUUGAAGGAGAGGGACGAACCGAGAUCGACAUGGAUGGAAAUGAGAGACAGCUCGCUUUUGAUGAAUCGCUUUCUGGUCCCCACGAGCCUUCUGGGGAGGGCGUACGAGCCCUCGGUCCUCGUGUGGCGCUGCUAAGUGAAGAUAUGUUGAGUCUUGCUUCGCCGGUCCAAGAGAUCAAAUUGUUGGCUCCGGAAACUGGCGAGCCACUGCUGGCAGAUGAUCAUGAAAGGAGGUUCUUUGAAGCUGCGUGGAUGCACAAGUAUCGGGGCACGUACUAUUUCUCGUAUUCGACGGGUGAUACGCAUUUCCUGGCUUAUGCGACGGGCACUUCGCCUUUGGGUCCGUUCACGUAUCGGGGGAGAAUACUGGAUCCUGUUCUUGGGUGGACGACGCAUCAUUCCAUUGCGGAGUUUGGGGGCAAAUGGUGGUUAUUCUAUCAUGAUUGUGAGCUCUCAAAGGGAGUUGAUCAUCUCAGAUCUGUGAAGAUGAGAGAGAUUGUUUACGACGAGGAGGGGGAUAUUCAUCUUAAAGAGUGA